AAUGUAUUACCCGCUGGCCUUGUCUGACUGUGGACAUCACUCAGGGCCGAGGAAAGAAAUGGUGGAACCUGCGCAGGACUUGUUUCACUAUUGUGGAGCACGACUGGUUUGAAACCUUCAUCAUCUUCAUGAUUCUCCUCAGCAGCGGCGCUCUGGCCUUUGAGGACAUACACAUAGAAAGACGCCGAACCAUCAAAAUUAUUCUGGAGUAUGCCGACAAAGUUUUCACCUACAUCUUCAUCAUCGAGAUGAUCCUUAAAUGGGUCGCGUACGGCUUCAAGACCUACUUCACCAACGCCUGGUGCUGGCUGGACUUUUUCAUCGUAGAUAUUUCCCUGAUUAGUUUAGCUGCAAACUGGAUGGGAUACUCUGAUCUCGGACCAAUCAAAUCCCUCAGGACUCUCAGGGCGCUGCGGCCUCUUCGAGCGCUGUCGAGAUUUGAAGGCAUGAGGGUGGUGGUGAACGCUCUCGUCGGAGCGAUUCCCUCCAUCUUUAACGUGCUGCUGGUGUGUCUGAUAUUCUGGCUCAUCUUUAGCAUCAUGGGAGUCAACCUGUUUGCAGGGAAGUUCUACCGCUGCAUCAACACCACCACAGAGGAGCUCUUCCCCAUGACGGAGGUCAACAACAAGAGCGACUGCAUGGCCAUUAAAGAGGCCACGCAGGAUGCUCGCUGGGUCAACGUCAAAGUCAACUAUGACAAUGUGGGACAAGGCUACCUGUCUCUGCUUCAAGUGUCAACUUUUAAAGGCUGGAUGGACAUCAUGUAUGCUGCUGUUGACUCAAGAGAG